GUCUUGUCAGAAUGAACUGACUUAGCCCACUUUCUAACUUUUCAUUUGAUUUUACUCACGAUCCAGAAAAGGUACAACAGGACACGCUCUUCCACCACUUUUUGUCGACGCAGAUUUUCUGGGGGAUAAGCGAUCAACUUGCUUUUGAAACAUUGUAUGUGGCGUAGUUUCGGGGAAAGGCGAAGUCAUACGCGGAAGGCUAGUGUAUUUAUUCCUCUCCUAGGUUGAGAUACUGUCCUUGACAUUGGCCAACGCGCCUUUUUGCCCCUUCUCUUGGGGUUUGUUGGUUAACCAGCGGGGCUGUAACGAUGGGGGAUGUAAUUUCCACUCACCUGGACGAAGGCAAGCGAGAGAUGAUUACCGCUCGUACCAGGCAGGUGACGGGGGAGUUUGGCCAUGUGUACGAGCAGCAGUAUGCAGUGGCCCUCUUCAACAGUGUCCGCUUUGAGAUUGAGGGGGGAGGAGCGCCCCAGUCACAACUCCUGCACCGCAAGAACCCUCUGGAGGACCGCUCCAUCUUCUCCGGGGGUCUGUUCAUGUACCUGGAGGAAAACAAGAGAUGGAGGAACCGCUUUGUCUUCGUGGCCGACACCUACAACAUCAGCUUCUACGAAAACAAAAUGGCUCACGAGAGGAGUUUGCGCCCUAAAGGAACCAUCAACUGUGCUGGAUACAAAGCUCUAACUUCCAUGGAGGAGUAUCUUGAACUGAUCAACACCAGCCUGCCAGGUAUAAAGGCCAAGGUGGGCAGUGGGCAGUUUGUGAAGUGUGCCACCCAAUUCCCCCUGAUCCUGUGGCACCCGUACGCCCGCCACCACUACUUCUGUGUGCUGACAGAGAAGGAGCAGAAGAAGUGGCACGCUGUGCUUCAGGACUGUGUCAGACACAGCAACAAUGGUCUGUCCGAGGAGUGCAGGGUGCAGACCCCGGCCUUCACAGAUGCGAUGCGACUCCACAGGCAAGCUCAGGGACACUACGGCACCUGGGACAUGAUGUGUGGAGGGCCACCACAGAUCCUAGCCAACCUAGUGAUGGAGACCCUCCAUCCAGAGUUGAGGAAUCUGAUUGGUCCUCGUCUAAAGGGGAAGAUUCAACAGCGACAGAGGAACUGGAUGCUGAUCUCUGAGGCGGUGUAUAAGCAGGUGUUGUCUCAGACCCAGGCUCAGUAUGAGGCUUUAGUCCAGGCCUGUGAGGUUCAGACAUCCCGUCUAGACACAGUGUUACGCACAGAUAUGGACCAGAUAAUCACCUCCAAGGAACACGUCAGCGGCAAGAUCCGCGCUCUGGUGUUGCCCAGGGCAGGGCAGCUCCUGCGGGGCAGCGUCCAGCCCUUCCUCAGCUCCAUCCUGGAGGCCCUGAUGGAGCCCACCAGCCGAGGCUUUUCCGAGGUCCGAGACGUCUUCUUCAGAGAGCUGGUGGAGGUCAGCAAGAACACGCUCAACGGAGGGGGCAAGGACAAACUGGCGGAGCACAUGGAGAAGAUCUCUAUGCUGGCGUUCCACCCGGUGAAGAUGCAGAGCUGCUAUGAGAAGGUGGAGCAGCUGAAUCUGGAGGGACUGCAGCAGAGGUUUGAUGUGUCAAGCCCCUCCGUGUUCAUCCAAAGGGCUCAAAUCCUCAUGAGAGAGCAAAUGGAUAAUGCUGUGUACACGUUUGAGCAUCUGCUCCACCAGAGUCUGGAGGGAAAGGUCCAGGGAGGAGAAGACCUGUGUAAGACCAUCCACUGCUGUCAAGACAGAGUUCUUAAGAAAUAUGACUAUGACAGUAGCACGGUGCGUAAGAAGUUCUUCAAAGAGGCCCUGCUACAGAUCAUCAUCCCCUACAUGCUGAAGCAGCUCUCUCCCUCCUUCCAUCUGGACCUCCCUCGCUUCCAGGAGUUGAUCUUUGAGGACUUCUCCCAGUUCAUCCUGGUGAAGAACGUGUUUGAGGAGGUAGUGCUGCAGUCUGUCACCAAGGACAUCAUGAUGGCUGUGAAAGAGGCGGCAGUCCAGAAGAAACACAACCUGUAUAGAGACAGCAUGAUCCUAACCAACAGCGACCCCAACCUCCACCUGCUGGGGGAGAACCCCUCGGUGGACUGGGCCACCCAGUUCAGGGGUGGGAAUGAGGAGCCUGAGGGGGCCCUGGGAGGAGGCGGCCAGUCCAGCAGGAGGCGUAGGCAAGUGGUCUCCAUGAUCCAGCUGGAUGAGAUGGGUCCACUGCCCUACGAGUCAUGCCUGGAGGUUCCGGGGGUGGACUUCAUCCCCGAGGAGGGAGAGAUUGAGGAGGUGGAGGUUAAAGCUCAGGAGCUCAAGGAGCAAAAGACCCCCACGGAACCUGAUUCUCCAGACAGCGUGCAGGAGAUCUGUUACCACAGCAAACCAGUGGUGGAGAUGAUGGUCUCGGCUUCAGAGGAGGACUUAGCUGUUCUCGCCAAUGGGACAGGGUCGCUGACGCUGGAGGAUGGGAAGGAGGAGGAGGUGACACUCAUCACCACCGUGGUGGAGGAGAUGCACAGGAAGUCACCACAGUGGAUGAGCGCCCCACGGGAAGUGAACAAGCAGCUGGUAGAAACAGGAAGUCCAUACCAGGAAGCUGAGGGGGGGCAUCAGGAAAAGGGGGAGGCAGACGAGGCGGCCAUCAAGAACGCCAUACAGGAAAUAGAGAUAGCGGUACAGGAAGAGGAUGGAGAGAGGAUAACUGAGUGUGCCGUAGACUCUGACGCAGAGCUGGCCCCGCCAUUGGUCGACUCCAGCCCCUCGGGAAAUGAUGACGGAGGCUUCCAGCCGCCUACCAAUGAGGGCAAAGCUCAGCCAAUCCUGGAUGCUCUGAAAACAGAGGACACUGUAGUCGACCCAGGAGAGGUGGUGGUGGUUUUAGAGCCGGGAGACACUGCACUUCACAACGAGUGAGACCGGGAGGACUUCACUGGGAAAACAGCAGAAGGAGAGACAGAAAUUGUAUAUAAGAUUUUGAGUGGGAGGACAAGGGAGCAAAAAACCUUUCAUUUUAGUCGGUGUUAACUGAUAAUUCCUGACCCCUCAGCAUUGUUUUUCUGGUUUAUAUUCCAUACAGUCACAUCUACAACAGUGGCCUAUUUAACUGCGACUUCCAACCUCUCAUCUGGAGUCAUGUUUGUUCAAGUUUAAUUUCUCUUAAUUGUACAUUUUAUUUUACUCUAUUCCUCAAGCUUUUGUGUGUGACACUGAACCCCAGGUAUCUGCUGCAUUAUCCUUAGAUUGUGUGGUCACUAAGGAAUUUAAAUCAUUUAAGUCAGAAUUGGAUAAGGGAUGUGGGGAGAAUUGUGGAUGCAGAAGAUACACAUUACACUACAGAGGCCUAUCUGCAAGGGCCCUAAGGAUAUGUUCAGAGAUGCAUGACAGAUAGUUAUAACUAUGGUUCAUGGGCAGUCACACACCCACUGGUCAUUACAUGUCCUUUUAUUCAGCAGUAGGGGGCACUGUAGGCAGGCGGUUGACACAAACAGUCUGGCAUGUCAUGCUACUGAAAUGGACAUUGUUGUGUAUAACAUCAUUAUAGAGAUGUAGCUGUCAUUGUAUUCAGGAUCUGGGAGCACUGCUUUUUAACAUGUUUUUACAUGGACUUAAAAACUUGUAUAAAACCAGGCAGACAUUUUGUCUUGAAUAAAUGUAUGUUGGGCCUCCUUUUCAACCAUUAUUUUAUUAUUUUCACAAGUGGCCUCAUUGUUUCAACACUAUUUUUACAGUCCAUGACUUCAGCAUGAAAUGGCACUUGCUUAUGGACUUACUUUCUAUGUAUGUUAGUCCAACCCUUUAGUGUGAGGGGAGCUGCUCAAACGGUAGCAGUCACUACAGUCGUAUUAUAGAUGCUAGAGGUCCCAUGUCGGCUACAGUCACUACAGUCGUAUUAUAGAUGCUAGAGGUCCCAUGUCGGCUCCAGUCACUACAGUCGUAUUAUAGAUGCUAGAGGUCCCAUGUCGACUACAGUGCUACAGUCGUAUUAUAGAUGCUAGAGGUCCCAUGUCGGCUACAGUCACUACAGUCGUAUUAUAGAUGCUAGAGUUCCCAUGUCGGCUACAGUGCUACAGUCGUAUUAUAGAUGCUAGAGGUCCCAUGUCGGCUACAGUCACUACAGUCGUAUUAUAGAUGCUAGAGGUCCCAUGUCAGCUACAGUGCUACAGUCGUAUUAUAGAUGCUAGAGGUCCCAUGUCGGCUACAGUGCUACAGUCGUAUUAUAGAUGCUAGAGGUCCCAUGUCGGCUACAGUGCUACAGUCGUAUUAUAGAUGCUAGAGGUCCCAUGUCGGCUACAGUCGCUAGAGGUCCCAUGUCGGCUACAGUGCUACAGUCGUAUUAUAGAUGCUAGAGGUCCCAUGUCGGCUACAGUGCUACAGUCGUAUUAUAGAUGCUAGAGGUCCCAUGUCGGCUACAGUCGCUAGAGGUCCCAUGUCGGCUACAGUGCUACAGUCGUAUUAUAGAUGCUAGAGGUCCCAUGUCGGCUACAGUCGCUAGAGGUCCCAUGUCGGCUACAGUGCUACAGUCGUAUUAUAGAUGCUAGAGGUCCCAUGUCUGCUACAGUGCUACAGUCGUAUUAUAGAUGCUAGAGGUCCCAUGUCGGCUACAGUGCUAGUGAAAUGCCACCGUCAUAAUUAUGGUGAGUUGUUACUAAAGGGACUUUCUCUGCUGAUAACUUUUAUUGACUGUGACGCAUCAGCAGAAUCUCAUUGAGAUCGAAAGCUCAGUCUGCGUGUGGGAGGUCUGGAUGACUGACAGCAGACUAUGCACCUUGUCAUGAAGAGGCCUCUGUCAGUCGCUUCUGGCCAAACAAAGGGAAUCAUGGGAAAAUAACCAAGUAAUUUUCCCCCACUCUUUUAAAUGAGGGAAAUCAAAUGUAUUAUUUCCUAAACUAUCAAUGCUAUGUUUGUGGAAACUGUAUAUUUGAGGCACAUUGUUCUUAAAUCAGACUUAAUCCGUUUGUAGCCUUGAGGAAAAUAUUUCCAUGUAACUCCAGGACUUAAAGGGUUAGUUCACUCAAA